AUGUUCAUUUUGAAUUUGCAUUGGUCUGAAAAGAAGGUGGUGAAUAUGUCAACUGAUGAAACAAGUCAGGCAAUACCGUUGACAAAUGAUUCCUUUAGUGAACAGUUGCUUCAUUUAGUUAUGGUACGUUGGUGUUUUAUCAAAACAUGCAUAAGCUAUGCGUUGUUAGAACUUUUUGCCCUGUUGUUUUGUACUGAAGAUUUUUGACUAAUUUACCAAAUUUUUACUUUGUUUUUAAUUUUUAUUUUUUAGCAGUUUUACUGCAUGUUGUUCUACAUACCAUGUCCAACCUCAGAAUGCAUUGUGGACAACAAGUACUAUUUUACCAAAUGUCACAUGUACUCGGUUAUGGCUUUGCUCUUAUUUGUAAUUUUCGUGGCUCUGGCUACCGCAAUUUGGUUAAUUCAGCAUGACGAUGUAGGUUUUUAAGUGUUAAAUGUUAGAUUUAUAUGUGCUACAUAUGACUUUUUCUCAAGUUGUAAAUAUUUAGUUUUUAUUCAAAUUUUUGUUUUCAGAUCUUCUUAGAGGUCACCAGGGACUUUUACAAGUAAGUUCUUGUUUAUUUUUUUGUUUUGUGUUAUAUAACGUUAAAAAUAUAUGCAUAAAUUUGAUAACAAUAUUAAUAUAAGUUAUUUUUCAGAAUGAUCUUGUCCAGAAAACCGUCUAAGCCAUUGUAUGAGUUGAAAGAAAUCGAAAGCCCCGAGUUUGAAACUUUUCAAAAACCCAAAAUGCAAACCUUGCGAAGAAGAAAAGUCAAACCAGAUGGAGAUUACUUUAUGUAG